UUCACUGAAGCUGUCACUGUUUAGUUCGCAAUCCCACUCAGUCUGAGUGAGCCUCGAGAAAAGUUUUGUUUAGUUUUCGCAGCAUCUACACAUCCAACCCAAUCUUUGUGUCUGUUUGUAGGUGUUGGUAUUCUAUGUAAUUCGAAUGGUAGCAAAAAAAGACUGCCGCUACAAUAACCAGUUGGAUCUCUAUCGACUAACAACAGUACAACAGUGACCAGUUUACGCAUCAGAAGUUUAACCACCACUCGGUAAAAAAUUGGGUGUCGUGGCUUACGAAAUAUCCACCGAUCCACUUGACAAGCGCCUUCCCAUAGUAAAAACGUUAUGAAGAACAACGGCCCCUCAAUGACACCUUCCAGAACCGGUACGAACAUCAACCUUUUACAGGAAAUCAUAAUUCGACUGGCAUUGUUUGCUAUAUACAUGUAUUUCGAAUUCCAGGAUCCUUACAUUCGCAUGAUACAGCCCGAUGAAAUGUGGCUGUACAAAAAUCCACGAACUGCUAGCUACGUCCCGUUAACAACGCUCUAUCCUGUAACGUUUGGAUUGUUGGCAAUUAUAUUUUUUAUCUACUACUGCCGUACUGGAGACUUUGAAGAACUCAAAUCGGCAUGGUUAGGCCUAACCCUGGCUUGUGUCUUGAACGGCGUAGUAACACACUCUGUUAAGGUGGUAGUGGGUCGCCCAAGGCCCGACUAUUUCUGGCGUUGUUUUCCAGAUGGGAUUGCUAAUGAUGAGCUGCAGUGUACAGGGGACAGCAGCGUUAUAAUGGAUGGCCGGAAAAGUUUCCCCAGCGGUCAUGCUUCCUUUGCUUUUGCUGCUCUUGGCUUUCUUUCUUGUUACUUGGCCGCUAAGCUGCACGUUUUCACCGAGAGAGGGCGCGGCCAAUCCUGGAGGUUAUUAGUAGCGGGAGCUCCCCUACUUGCCGCCACAAUGAUUGCGAUUAGUCGGACCUGUGAUUAUCAUCAUCACUGGCAAGACGUAACCGUCGGUUCCGUCAUAGGGAUAAUUGAAGCAUACCUUUGUUAUCGUCAAUAUUAUCCCCCGUUGGGGGAUCGUUUCGGGUUUCUUCCAUACUCAAGCAGUUGUUUAACUAUAAAUUGCUGUACGAAGCCUUGUGCCAAACCCUGCACACAACAAAUAGAAUCUACAACCGGUGAAACGGAGGCGGAUGAUAAAUUAUUAUUAGACAACGAAGAAAAAAAUAACUAAUGAAUUUGAAUGUUACUGGUAUGCUAUCUAAAGAUGCAAAAAACUGGUUUUAUGUAGCUUUUGUACUGUGAUUGCUAAGCAUAAGUUUUAGAUUUAUUUAAAAUGAAUUUACGAAAUUUAUCAUAAUACAGACAACAGGGUUACGAACAGGA